GGAAAGCAAAGCUUCAGCUGAAGUUGGAUUGACGAAGUAAGAUGUAUCAGAAAAUAGCUGAUGCUGGCUUCUGCUUUUGCUUCGCUUUCCCGAUCGCGGUGCUGACUGAAUGUUCGUCGAAAGCACAUCGUAGAAUGAAAAUUGUCGACGUGCUUCGACAUCAUUACAAAGUGAAAUGCAAGCGAAUAAGUAAUUCGGAUUGUCCUCGCUUGCGAUUCCAACUAUUGUAAUGAUCCCCGAAUUUGUCCUAGAUGUCGAAUGGUGUAAACUGAUGUCGACAUCUUUAGACGUCUUGGGAAAGACUGCGGCGAUAGAC